AUGUUUAAUGAUGUUCUUACUAUUAUCACAUAUAUUCGGCGAUCUCAUAAUCAAUUAAAACUAUCCAAACAAUUACAAAUUUUCUCGAAAACAAGAUGGAACAGUGCUUAUGAUAUGAUAUGUAGUUUUAUCGAAGUGUAUCCAGAAUUAAAUGAUAUUUUAACAGAUAAAAAACAAAGAGAAAUAUUAGUUCAAAUUGAUUUUAAUGAUUUAAUGGCUUUUACCAAAUAUUUUAAAUAUUUUGUCGAUGUAAGAGAAUUAUUAAGUGCUGAAAAAGCAUCAACAAUUUAUCUAGUCAUAACAUUGAAACAACGUCUAAUUGAUUUAUCACAACAAGAUGCUGCCGAUUCACAAGCAAUUAAAAACGUUAAAAAUUAUAUUCGAAAAAAACUUUUAGAUUAUUGGGAAAUUAAUGAUGUUCAUUUUAUUGCUGUUGUAUUGAAUCCGAAAUUCAAACAUUUACACAUAUGUUCAAAUGAAAAAGAUAAAAAAAAGGCAUAUGAUUUGAUUAUAAAAGAAAUAGAAAAACGUCGAGGUAAGUCACAAAAUUCGUACGCAAUACAUUAUUCUAUUGUUUGCGAUGUUUUAUUCGUACCGGCUACAAAUACAGCUGGCGAAGGUUUAUUCUCUGCUAGUGGAAAUGCAGUAACUGAAACGCGUAUACGUUUAGCAGCACAAAAGGUAGAUAAAUUAAUAUUCAUAAAAAAAAUUUUUUUCUUUCUAAAAAAAUUUUUCGAUGAUAAUGAAGCAACACCUUUGGGUGUUCUUGCUUCUGAUACAACAGCAAGUAAAAGUAACAAGCGGUCAUAUGAACAAUCAUUCAAAGAUGAUCAUGAUUUUGAAGAUACAAUUAAGAGUGACAAUGAUAAUAAUGACAUGUUUUAA